UUCCCAACAGAUUGAACUUGUAGAACUUCGCUUCAAGCACCAAACUUCCCACCAAACUUCCCUCCCGUCUUCCAUCGUUAUCGCUUCGCCGGAAAACCGCAUUUUCCGAUGUAAAAACCGCCACCGGAGAAACCCCCCCCUUCUCCUCCUCCUUCUCCGGUUAUGUCUCCGGCGUCGCGAAAUCUCAUCUCCCACCUCCUCUUUGCUCUGUUCCUCGUCGUUUCAUCCGACGACCUCCAAGUCCUCCUCAAGCUCAAAUCCUCACUCGGUGCUUCGGAUUCCGCCGUCUUCGAUUCCUGGAAACCGGAUUCCGUCGCCGGAGCUUGUGGCUUCGCCGGAAUCACCUGCGAUUCUGCAGGCUCCGUCGCCGAGAUCGACCUCUCGAACAGGAACCUAACUGGAAAUUUCCCGUUCAAUUCGGUCUGCGAGCUCCGAAAUCUCCAGAAACUGUCUCUCGGAUUCAAUUUCUUGUCGGGAAUCGUCCCCAGGGAUUUGGGUAAUUGCACGAAUUUGCAGUAUCUGGAUCUUGGCAACAAUUUGUUCUCUGGUUCGUUUCCUGAGUUCUCCUCUCUGAGUCAAUUACAGUAUCUGUAUCUGAAUUCGAGUGGAUUCUCCGGCCUGUUUCCCUGGAAAUCGCUACGAAACGCGACGGGUCUCGUCGUUUUGAGCCUCGGAGACAACCCUCUUGAUACGACGUCGUUUCCUGAGGAGAUUCUAUCUCUGAAGAAGCUCUCGUGGUUGUAUCUCUCGAACUGCAGCAUCGCCGGAAAAAUCCCGCCGGAUAUCGGGAACUUGUCGGAAUUGCAGAACGUGGAGAUCUCCGACAAUAGUCUCACCGGAGAGAUUCCACCUGACAUCGGGAGACUUACGAAGCUAAGGCAGCUCGAGCUCUACAACAAUUCCUUGACGGGGAAGCUUCCUCUAGGAUUCAGGAACUUGACAAAUCUCAGAAACUUCGAUGCUUCGACGAAUUUUCUCGAAGGAGACUUGUCGGAAUUGAGGUUCCUGAUGAACCUUGAAUCUCUGCAGCUCUUCGAGAACGAAUUCUCUGGUGAGAUCCCGACCGAGUUCGGUCAGUUCAAGGAGCUUGUUAACCUUUCUCUGUACACGAACAAGUUGACAGGUCCUCUGCCUCAAGAUCUCGGAUCCUGGGCUGAUUUCGACUUCAUAGAUGUGUCGGAGAAUCUUCUCACCGGACCAAUUCCUCCCGACAUGUGCAAACGCGGUACCAUGAAAUCCCUUCUGAUUCUGCAGAACAGAUUCACAGGCUCGAUACCGGAAUCUUACGCGAAUUGUUCGACUCUGACACGUUUCAGAGUGAGCAACAACUCGCUAACCGGGACAGUCCCUUCCGGUCUCUGGGGCUUACCGAAGCUUGAAAUCAUCGACAUCGCUCAGAAUCAGAUCGAAGGUCCGAUCUCGACAAGCAUCAAGAACGCCAAACAGCUCGGGAAACUGUUAGCAGGAUACAACAAAUUGUCAGAUGAGUUGCCCGAGGAGAUCAACGGAGCUGAAUCUUUGGUCGCCCUCGAGCUUUACAACAAUCUUCUUUCGGGCAAAAUCCCGAGCUCUGUCGGGAAACUGAAAAGACUUAGCAGUCUGAAGCUGCAGGGCAAUGUCUUCUCCGGUCGCAUACCGGAUUCUUUAGGCUCUUGCGUGGCACUUAGCGAAAUAAACAUGGCCGGAAACACCCUCUCGGGCGAAAUUCCAGUCACUUUGGGAUCUCUCCCGACGCUAAACUCGCUGAAUUUGUCGGAUAACAAGCUCUCGGGCAGGAUUCCGUCGAGUUUAGGGUCUCUAAGGCUCAGCCUUCUUGAUCUAUCUAACAACAGAUUGUCUGGUAGCAUUCCUCAGUCAUUGUCCAUCGAGGCGUAUAACGGUAGCUUCAAUGGAAACCCUAGCCUCUGCAGCAUGAUUAUCAAGUCUUUCACCCGAUGUUCGAAACCUUCACGAUCUCGCGGCGACACCCAUAUCUUCGUCUUGUGUCUGGUUUUCGGGUUAAUGAUCAUGAUCGCAGCCCUCGGGUUUUUCUUGUACUCGAAGAAACGCGACAAGGAUCACGAUCUCGGGCUUAGACGCGGAUCUUGGAGCCUGAAAUCGUUCCGUGUGCUGAGCUUCUCGGAAGAUGAGAUCCUAAACUCCAUCAAAGACGAGAAUUUGAUCGGUAAAGGCGGGUGUGGAGAGGUGUACAGAGUAGUCCUCAAUGACGGUAAAGAACUCGCAGUGAAACACAUACGAAAUGGAAAAGAACCUUGGGCUGAGGCCAAAACCCGAAGCUCGACACCGAUACUCGCAGUGGAACGGGACGGGAAAUCGAAGGAAUUUGAGAGAGAGGUGCAAACAUUGAGCUCGAUAAGGCAUGUAAACGUUGUGAAGCUAUAUUGUAGCAUCACAAGCGAGGAUUCAGAUUCGAGCUUGUUGGUUUACGAGUACUUACCCAAUGGAAGCCUAUGGGAUAUGCUUCACACGUUCAAGAAAUCGGUUCUCGGCUGGGAAACGAGGUACGAGAUCGCUUUAGGCGCAGCGAAAGGGCUCGAGUAUUUACAUCACGGCUACGAGAAACCUGUGAUUCACCGAGAUGUCAAGUCAAGUAACAUUUUGUUAGACGAGAAGUUCAAGCCGAGGAUCGCGGAUUUCGGGCUUGCAAAGAUCCUCCGAGCCGAUAAUACAGGUCUAGAUUCGACCCAUAUCAUCGCUGGAACAUACGGAUACAUAGCUCCAGAGUACGGAUACACGUCGAGGGUGAACGAGAAAUGCGAUGUGUACAGUUUUGGGGUAGUGUUGAUGGAGCUAGUGACGGGAAAAAAGCCGAUAGAGGCGGAGUUCGGGGAGAACAAGGACAUUGUGAAGUGGGUGAGUGACAAUCUGAAGAGCAAAGGCCGGGUAACGGAAAUGGUGGAUAAAAGGAUACCCGAAACCUACCGAGCAGACGCGGUAAAGGUCCUAAGGAUCGGGAUCCUGUGCACGGGUAAGAUCCCGAGCUCGAGGCCGACGAUGAGGAGAGUUGUUCAGAUGAUUGAGGAAGCAGAACCUUGCAAAUUGGUGGGCAUCGUUGUAAGCAAAGACGAUGAUCUCAAGAUCAAAGAGAUGAAUUGACGUAGAUUUUGUGAAAUAGAUAGUGUGACCUAUAAGAGGGUGUUAUUAUUAUUCACAAUGUAAUCUCGUGUUUUUCUUUUUUUUUAAAAAAAAAAUUCGAUCCGAAAAGAAUAAAACCUAACGAGGCGACGAAUCUUUUUUUGGACC